CGUCCAUCUGCUGCUUUUUCGCCACCGAUCUUUGCACAUACCGAUCGAAGUGAACACAUAAGGCUCUCCUUUCUCGAUAUCUAUGAUUAUUUUGUGCGUGUGUUGGUGCGAUUUUCAGAAAAAAGCUCGUGGAAGUAGAGGAGGUACAAAGAGAGAUCUCUGAAGAUGAGAAAGGGGGUCUCCUCGGUCUCAGACAGAGCGAUCAUAUCAGCCUCUCUCAUUGAGCCGAAUAUGGGCUUGAUUUCGGGCUCGGAUCGCCGCUCUGCAGUUUAUCCCACACACAUCCAAAUGAUCACACCGCCUUCACAACCCAAUCAUGUCCGGGUGUCUUCUUCAUCUGGCAGCUUGUAUACAACUCCUCUCCAAGGAUCUGCAAACGGCACCGGCUUACGACCUGCUUUAGGACGACCUCCGGCCAAAAGGCGUUUGGAGUUGGACAUCGCAGACCACCAGUACAGUGAACCGGCCCGAAUGCCAAGGGGUCGCAGAGCAGCUCUCCGGAUGAAGAGCCCUAAAGCUCCUAAAACCCCACCCGAGAAGUCACGUUAUGACACGUCCCUCGGGCUUCUGACCAAGAAGUUCUGCCAGCUUCUGGCCCAGUCUUCAGAUGGCGUGUUGGAUCUGAACCAGGCCGCCGACGCGCUCAACGUCCAGAAGAGACGCCUGUAUGACAUCACCAACGUGCUGGAGGGCGUGCGGCUCAUCAAGAAGAAAUCGAAGAACAACAUUCAGUGGCUGGGCUCGACUCUACCCUCAGAAUCAGGGCCUCUGUGUCCACUUGGCCCUCUGCAGACUCUGAGCAGAGAGAUGCUGGCCCUGCGAGACGAGGAGAGACGACUGGACGAGCUCAUUCAGGCCUGCACUAACAACGUGCAGCAGAUGACUGAGGAGAUGCACAACCAGAAAUAUGCCUACGUCACGUACCAGGACAUCCGGAGAAUCAAAAGCCUGCAGGAUCAAACUGUAAUUGCCGUUAAAGCACCAUCAGAAACUAAACUGGAGGUUCCUGACCCAAAGGAGAGUUUACAGGUGCAUCUGAGUAGCUCUAAAGGCCCCAUCGAUGUGUUCCUGUGCACGGACACCAGCGAGUCCAGCAGUCCCCUUCGGAACGGUGUGGACGUGAAUGGAAAUGACACUGCCUUCCUCCGAAUGUCCAGAGAAGACACCAAAGACACAGAAAUGGCCGAAUCUCACCAGUCAAACAGCAGCGUGACGCAGACGGGCACGGCACCCUUGUCUCCAUUCAGCUCAACUCUGUCCUCCAUCCUGGGGCCGUUUGUGACGCUCACGCCUACACUGCUGGGAGACGAAUACCCCCUGGGCAUGGACGAGGAGCAGGGCAUCAGCGACCUGUUUGACUCCUGCGACCUGGACAUGCUGCCUCUGGACGAGCUGCUCAUGGUGUGAGCCUGCAGGUGAACACCAGAUGGUUUACAUGUCUCUCUUUUUUUUCUUUCUUUUUUUUUUAAAUGGGGGGUAAUGGACUUGCGUGAUGAGAUGCGCUGGUCGAGUCUGGAUCAGUUGGACUUUUGGAUCGACCAUCGCGAUUGGUAGUUUUGAUACCUUUUUGUUUUUGAUUUUGCUUUUCAUUCUGUAAACCCAGUGGGAAUGUUUGUCUUUUUAAACCCAGUGGGAAGGUUUGUCUUUUUAAACCCAGAGGGAAUGUUUGCAUUGCGUAGUGGAUGUUGAAAGCUUCUUGGAUUCGAUGUCUGCAGUUGAGCCACAAAAGCUAAAACCUGGUAACCAGGUAGUUUUAUUUCGCGUCGCAGACUCGGUUUGCUUCGGCAGAUUUGUCUGGCGCUUACAGACAAAACGGAUUCCGCAUAACUAUACUAGAUCAAAACUGCACAGCGAAGAACUUCUUUUAUCUCAGAUCUUGAUUUCUUCAGAGGUAAAAUGUUACACACAUAUAACCACAGUUUCUCCUUAUCCUGAAAACAAAGCUUGGAAGAAAGUAGCCGCGAUCAUUGUUGUCUUUGGUGAGUGUACGUAGCUAAUACUAAACUAGCGCACAUAUACAUCGAUCAGCCGUAACAUUAAAACCACCUGCCUAAUAUUGUGUAGCUCUGAACAGCUGACUGAUUGAGGCAUGGACUACACAAAACCUCUGAAGGUGUGCAGUGGAAUCUGGCACCAAGACAUUAGCAGCAGAUCCUUUAAAUCCUGUACUGUAAGUUGCGAUGUUGGGCCUCCAUAGAUGGGAAUUUUUUGUCCAGCACAUCCCACAAAUGCUUGAUCAGAUUGAGAUCUGGGGAAUUUGGAGGCCGAGUCAACACCUUGAACCUUGUCAUGUUUCUCAAACCAUUCCUGAACAAUUUUUGCAGUGUAGCAGGGCGCAUUAUCCUGCUGAAAGACCCCACUGCCAUUAGGGAAUACCGUUGCCAUGAAGGCGUGUACUUGGUCUGCAAUAAAUUAUUUAGUCAGGUAGUACGUGUCAAAGUAACAUCCUCAUAAGUGCUAGGGCCCAAGGUUUCCCAGCAGAACAUUGCCCAGAGCAUCACACUGCCUCCACCAGCUUAUCGUCUUCUCAUAGUGCGUCCUGGUGCCAUGUCUUCUCCAGGUAAGCCAUGCACACGGCCAUCCACACUAUGUAAAAGAAAACGUGAUUCAUCAGACCAGGCCACCUUCUUCCAUCGCUCCAUAGUCCAAUUCUGAUGCUCAAUGCCCAUUGUAGGUGCUUUCAGCGGUGGACAGGGUUCAGCAUGGGCACUUUGACCGGUCUGUGACUCCGCAGCCCCAACUGCAGCAAGCGGUGUAUUCCGACACCUUUUUAUCAUAGCCAGCAUUAACUUUUACAGCAAUUCGUGCUUAAAGUAGCUCUUCUGUGGGAUCGGACCAGACGGGCUAGCCUUCACUCCCUAAAUGUAUAAAUGUGUCUUGUCCGCCCAUCACCCUUCCUAGGACCCCGAUUGUCAGGUACUAACCACUGCAUACUGGGAACACCACACAAGACCUACUGUUUGCGUUUACAGGUCUAGCCAUCACAAUAUGGCCCUUGUCAGAGUCGCUCAGAUCCUUACUUGCUGCCUAAUAUAUCCCACCCCUUGACAGGUGCCAUAAUGAAAUAAUCAAUGUUAUUCCCUUCACCUGUCUGUGGUUUUAAUGUUCUGGCUGAUCGGUGUAAAUCAACCACUUUGCAUACUGAGUAGUGCAUUAUUUUGGGCUAAAUACUAGCUAUAUAUAGCUACUCUCGUUUCUCAUCAGAACUAAAAACACAAACGACAAAAUACGAGCGAAUUGUCACUUGCUAGUGUGAACGCAUCAGUUUUAUUUUACUUACAAACUCUUCCUUUUAAUUAACGUAUUGUAAAUCACCUUGCAAACCAGAACAGACAUGUAAGCUCUUUACUCGAGUUUGGCAGCUUGCUGAGCUUUCUUUUUUCUUUUUUUCCUUGUUUAAAAGCUAAUCACUUUUUAAAAAGCCUAUGAACUAUUGUUAUUUUUCAUGAAGUGCACCUGCUUGCUCUUGUACGUUGCUUUAGUUCAUGGUCCUUAUUCUGGACAUGAAUUGUGCCUUGUCGGAAGAGGCUGAUCUUCCUGCACGGAUUUAUAUACUCAAUUUGAGUAUCACGGACAAAUUGCUAACGUCUUCCGGUCAUUUCGCCUAGCAGAAUCGCUAUGCAGACGUCAAUAUGCCGUGCAGAUCACAUCGACUACCACAGCACUGAUUCUCUCAGGGCAGUUAUCGGUUUUCUCAUAUUCCUAUUAGUGCUAAAUGGCAUACAUUUAUGAAUUAUAGCCCUUUAGGAUCUUUAAAUCUUUAAAUUGGCCAUCACACGAUGAUGUCAGUUCGAGUUAUUACUCAGCUAUAGACCCUGUACCUCAUAUUAUUAUGGAUUAUGCAAAUCCACGACGUGAUACAUUUACAAUAAAUGUUGUACUGAAGUUUCAGUAAUGGUGUGAGGUAAAGGGCAUUGAGGAAUAGAUGAGCUUCGUUCAGGGAAAUCAUGUAUCUUUAUAAAACCAUUAACUGUCCAAAAGACCUUUUUUUUUUUUUUAAAUUAGUGAACAAAUUGACCAGUCUUUUCACGUUAACAUUUCAAACCAUGAGAUAAGUAAGGUGUGGAGAAAUCAUAAAUUUAUUCUCUAGCCCACUUAGAAAGUGGAAGUUCCAGUAUGACCGUUUUCGUCACCCGUAAACCCUAACUAACUAGGCUAAAAGGUAGUAGCUAAUGC